ACCGCUGAGAAUGGCUUCGUCUCAAAUCCUAGUGAGCUGCCUAGAAGGCAUUGUUGGGUUUCAUAGCCUUGGGCAACAUUUUCGGCAUCACACUGAGAACACUGGCUUACGCUGUCUAUGUAGGCAGCUCAAUAUACUUUGAAACACAGCCGAUGUGACCAAUCAGCGCUUUGUGUUGCAGCUCAGCGCCAGCAUGCUUGAGUGAGACAUGCAACGUCGAUGUUUCAAGAUCAAAAGCUGAACGAAAUGAAAUUAAACGGGACCGACAUCACCAUUUGUCCUGAAAAUCAUUUCGUAUUGUAAAAAAGGACCGCGUUUCAUUCAUGAAACAUGGCUACAUUGUCAGGCAACAAAGAAGCGGUGAUUGCAGCUCACAGCUUGUUGUUUUCAUGACACUUUGAGUCCUUACAGCAGAGCUGAGGGAGAUUUGAUGCCGCUGCCGCUCACUGACGGGAUUUAGUUGCGUUCGGACGGAGAAAACGGGCUCAACAUGGCUUCGGUGAACUGUUUCAGUGGUCCGGAGGAGCUCGAGGACACCAAUCACGCUUUAAGUUUGAUAAAAGAGCUGAAAUUAUUCUACGACUCGCAGUUGUUAGUCGACGUGACUAUCGAAGUGGAGCCUGACCCGGAGUCAGAGGAACGAAACGUUUCCUCCUCUGGCGCUGGAAAAGUUUUCCAGUGCAACCGAAAUAUACUGGCAGCAGCGAGCCCUUAUUUUAAGAGCAUGUUUACAGGAGGGCUGUAUGAAAGCACUCAAAGAAAUGUCACUAUACACGAAGUGGACGCCGAUUCAAUGGCAGUCAUUAUUGACUACUGUUACACUGGCAAAGUGACAAUCACUGAGGGCAACGUGCAGAGGCUUUAUGCAGCUGCAAACAUGCUGCAGCUGGACUAUAUUCGGCAAGCAUGUGCUAACUUCAUGACAAGAAGGCUGGACCUUUCUAACUGUGCAGGGAUUUUGAAGUUUGCCGACACCUUUGACAAUCUAGAGUUGAAGAGCAAAGCUCAAGCGUUUAUUGCGAAGAACUUUGUCCAGCUCAGUGCCAAUGUGAGAGAGCUUUUUGAGCUGGACCUGAAGCAGAUUAAAGAGAUCCUCACACUGGAUUCUCUGGACGUGGACUGCGAACUGAAAGUGUGCUCAUUUGCAAUACAGUGGAUUGAGAGUAAUCUGCAUGUGGAUGCAGAAGAUGCGCUGCAGGUCCUCAGAUGUGUACGGUGGUCUUUGUUUUCCGAGAAAGACAGGGUUUAUCUAGAUGGCCUUAAAUCAAAGCCUUUUAUACAGAAAUAUCUUUUGAAUGUUCUAGACGGGGCUGCCGAUGAGCAGAGCACCACGGUGUCAAAGGGCGCGCAUGCUGCCAAACAAAGAAUUGGCAAGAGUGCAAAAGAAAUGGUGCUUUUCUUUGGACGGCCAAAUGAGCCUUUCAUGUGCUAUGAUCCCUACACGGAGGACAUCUUUUCUAUGGCGUCCCCGGUCAUUAACCUCGCCAAUCAGAACUUCAAACACUCUCCUAUGGAGACGUUUUUGGUCUGCACCACACCAGAGAACAGCCUGUAUCUUGCGUCACAGCUGUCCAAGCACUUCUGGGUCUACAAUCCCUUGUUGAAUUGUUGGCAGGAGCUUGCGGAAAGACUUCUCAGAAGAAUGCACUCGUACAUAGGCUACCUCAACGGGCACCUGUACAUUUUGGGUGGCAGAGAUCCGGUAUCGGAUGCCAGACUCAAGGAAGUAGAAUGCUAUAGCAUUCAAAGGAACCAGUGGGUUUUUGUGGCCCCUUUGCCUCAUUCUUUGGGAAAGAUGCAGGUUGUGACGGUAAAUGAGCGGCUUUAUGUGGUAAACAAGAGGAGGAUGCUCAGCUACGAGCCGAAGACAAACAACUGGCUCCAGCGGGGCUCUCUGAAACGCAGUAAACUCCACAAAGCCUGUGUUUUUCAGGAGCAGAUUGUCUGUUUGUGCGAUAUCCCUGUGGUCAAAGCGUAUAACCCAGCUCGUGGAGAAUGGAGGAGGAUCGGAGACAUUCCUAUUGACAGCAGUGCUCUCAACUACCAAGUUGUGCAGCACAACAGCAAACUUCUGCUUCUUACUAUUGCAAUAGUCCAUCACAACAAAAACAGGCUUAUUAUACAUGAAUAUGAUCCCACUAGGGACUCGUGGAAAAACGUGGCCACCAUGUUUGGAUCCUCCUUCGGAUCCAUAAGCCUCUCCACCCGGGUGUAUACUGCAUGCUUGGGGUCCGGUCAGAAUUUCAUCUUGGAGGAGGAUGACGACAGCGGCUCCAGUGCUGACUGGGACUUCGAUGGGUUGACUGAUGCAGACUCGGACUCCGGCAGCUCAAGCUCCUUUUCAGAUGAGAACUGGUAGUCUAUGCAGUUCUAACAGUAACUCGUGUCAAAUGCAUAAUAGAGCCAAAUGUAAACAUGCUGCAAAGUAUUAGCUGGCUGGUUUGAAGUGGCUCACCCCACAGCAGCCAGGGUAAAACCUACUUGAAAUUUAUGCUGUUUAUACUAUGACUAUUAUUCAACAACGGCUUACCUUUAUGAUAUAUGGCCAGUGAAUGAUACCUUGUCUCAGGAUUAUGAUACGUUGGUACAAAGAAUUGUUAAUAUUUUGACUCUGCCAGCCUUUGGGGGCUAAUAAACAAAGAGCAGUAUUACGCUGGAGUCUUGAACAGGGUACAGUUGAGCUAGCAGCCCCUUUUAAGGGAAAUGUGCUUAUUUCUGGUCCCAAAGUGAUGAUCAGAAAACAUGUUUUAUUUUUAUUGAAUAUUGAUGGGACCAUUUAAUCAAUGUGAAAAGACAUGGUAAUGUUUGUUUUGAUUAAACCUCCUUCAAAUA